AAGUGGAAGUUCCGAAUAAAUUCUUUCAAGAUUUCUAUACUAGCCGUGGAAUUAUCUUUGAAGGAAAUUUAAUUUUGUAAAUUCAGUUCAACUUUUUGCGGAAUUAAAAUUGGAGAUUUGGUGAAAGAACAAUAUUUUGGAUUUUAAUUCUCGGGAAAAAUCGAUCGGAAUUCAUAUAAUGGACACAAAACAUCGCGGAUACCAUUGAAUAACAUCUAUUCUUACACCAAGGACACACGAAUGUAAACAUCAAUCAUCAAGGUUCUAUCAAACCGAGUGAAAAAUAUUUGAAAUGAAAUAUCCUGAUUUCGGGAUUUCCCGAAGCAUUGGAUAGAUGGUGUUGUUUUGAUCAUGUUUCACCUGUGAUGUAUUUUGAAUUUGAAAGAGAAAAGAAUUGAACGAGUAGUUGAAUCAAACAAGAAAAGAAAGAAGUUUUGAACUAUUCGGUACUGCCCCCUGGGGGGUGUAACCAUAACCAUCAAUUACUUGGAGGAGAAAUGGUGCUUGCCUCUACUGCUGUUAGAGGAUAUAACCAAUUACGAAUAGAAUAGAAGAAUAUGGCCCAGUGGCGCUGUCAUUCUCCAUUUGUCGGAAUCUUCUCGUUUGGAUGAGAAUCACUGCGAACAAAACAAUCUGAUGGACGGACGCAGAAAGGAUCGGGAGCAGAUUGGACUUCUCGGGGUUGAUAGAAUAUGGGCCAAGUCUCCCACGAAACUAGAGGAGACUGAUGAUGAGGAUGAGGCCCUAAAAAAUAAGACUAAGGCUGAUUUAUCACCAGAGAGCAAGAAGCGGAAGAAGAAGGAGAAAAAGAAGAAAAGCAAAAAACUGAAGAAAGAGAAGAAAUCGAAGAAAGAAAAGAAAAAACGAAAGAAGAGAAAGCGAAAAUACUCUGAGAGUUCCUCAGACUCAGACUCCUCCGACGGUUCGGAGACAGUGGAGUGGGUGGAGAAAGACAAACUGAUCGAGAAACCAAAGAAACGAAAGACCUCGUCAUCAGACGACAGUGGAGACGACGGAAUGGUGGGUCCAGUGCAGAAGCAACACGUGACACUUUCAGCGAAGGACUUCGGCAAGGCCCUUCUACCUGGUGAGGGUGCCGCCAUGGCUGCCUUCGUAGCCGAGGGAAAACGAAUCCCUAGAAGAGGUGAGAUCGGUCUCACCUCCGACGAAAUUGCGUCCUACGAAUCCGUGGGCUACGUCAUGAGCGGUAGCAGACACAGGCGAAUGGAGGCUGUGCGUAUACGUAAGGAGAAUCAGAUAUAUUCGGCUGACGAGAAGAGGGCUCUUGCCAUGUUCAGUAAAGAGGAGAGACAGAAGAGGGAAAACCUGAUACUGGGACAGUUCAGGGAAAUGGUGACUCAAAAAUUAGCUCAAGAGCAGAAGAAGUGAUCGGAGAUAUGGGAAUUGUAAAUAUUUUUGGGAGAUGUUGCCACUCAGGGCGCUCGUUAUAGUUCUAGGUAAUUAAUUUAUUGAUUAAUUGAUGAAGUGAUUGGGAGUGAGAACUCUUUUGAUUUAUUGCGACGACUCGUCACGAUAAGCUCAACACCUUAAUAAAACCUGUUUUUAUAAAAUUAUGUGGGUAAUUGAUUUUUUUUCUGUGAUCAUGUAUAUAUUAUAUAUGAGGUAUUCCA